GCAGCGGUCCACAGCAGCCGAGAACCUCGCUGAGCUGUUGGGCAGUUUGCUGAGCAGCCAUCUUGGAAAACGGGUAAAUCCACCAGAAUUUACCAACGCUUUCGUUGAGCUCAACGCUCAGCGGGUAAUUUUCGUUGGGCAGUUGUGGACUUUAACAACGCAUCUAAACGCGAUCUAUUUUUUUUUCAAUGAUGUUGUAAGUAAAAGUAAACCAAUGAAUUGUGUAAACAUUUAUAGCAGUAGUAUAUUCAUGUUUUCAGAUCUUCUCUAUCGCCUUCAGUUAUUAUGUGUGCAUAGUGCACAAGUACUUUCUGCGAAUAUUUCUGGGUCCAGCAUUUUGUGCUGUACAACAUUUCACCGUGAAGAAAAGGACUUUCAGGUGAACUUUAUAACUGGGGAAAAUGGCCAACAAACUUCAUGAAGGCAACUCAGUCGCAGAAAGAAGAUUACGACCUAUCUAUG